AUGACUGAUCUUUUGAAAAUUGACGUGCAGAGAUUCCAUAAAUUUGAAUUUCAGGACACGUUGGUCAUUUCGUCGUACCUUUUAGCCUAUUUUGUUUCUAAAUUUGAAUACGUCACUACCGCACAGAGCCCAAUUUAUAAUGUACCAUUUAGAGUCUACUCCAGACCAGGUACCCAAAACACGUUCUCUUUUGCCAUGGGUUUCGGUCAAAGAAACAUGAUCGCUUUGGAGAAUUAUACGAAGUUCGCUUACGAUUUCCCGAAUGCUAAAAUGAUGGACAAAGCCGCUGUCCCUGAUUUUGCUGCCGGGGCUAUGGAGAACUGGGGCCUUGUUAUUUACAGGGAAGUAGCUCUCCUGGUACAAAAUGGCAUUAUGACUACGAGUACCAGACAAACCAUUGGCAGGUUCAUUUGUCACAAGAACACAGCCAUAUGGGGUUCGGCAACGAAGUCAGCCCUGUUACUUGAACUUACAAAUGGCUGA